CAUAAGACUACAGUGAAUAUAAGGGGAAUUACUGGCGACAGAGCUCUAGAUCAACUUAACACUGAACCUUUUACUUUUCUAAGAUCAGAAAAGUAUCACAUUAACAGGAACCAUUUCUCCAUUCCAUUCAGAUAAGAAUUCCAGGUUUUAAUCUAUAUCUUUUAACUAGAAUAAUUUGCUGCACUAUAAUAAGAUAUAUAGUCCAGCUGCAUAUAUUUGUUUCUGUUAAUACCUUUCUCUCUCUCUCUCUCUCUCUCCACGCACCCCCUCAUUGAUUUAUAUUCUGGAUAGCUUUGACAUUGUAAACCACAGACGAAUUGGAGCCUGGCAUUGAAAGGAGGUGUUCUACAACAUUUUUUUUUUUUUUGUCCAAAGAAGUUUUCUUCUACAAGAGGGAAUCUGAAAAAAUGACAGGGGCAAAAAGGAAAAAGAAAAGUGUGCUCUGGAGGAAGAUGCCUACCCCUCAUUGUGAAGAUAUUAAGCAGUGGUGUAGAAGGCGGCUACCUAUUUUGGAAUGGGCACCACAUUACAAUCUGAAAGAAAACUUGCUUCCAGACACUGUGUCUGGGCUAAUGUUGGCUGUUCAACAGGUAACACAAGGGUUGGCCUUUGCUAUUCUGUCAUCUGUGCAUCCGGUGUUUGGCUUGUAUGGGUCUCUGUUUCCUGUCAUCAUUUAUGCCAUAUUUGGAAUGGGACGUCAUGUUGCCACAGGUACAUCUGCCUUGACAUCCCUAAUAUCAGCCAAUGCAGUGGAAAGGCUCGUCCCUCUGAGCAGCCAGAACCUCACUACACAGAGUAACACAAGUGUGCUGGGAUUGUCUGACUUUGAGCUGCGAAGAAUUGGUGUUGCUGCGGCUGUGUCCUUUUUGGGUGGAGUGAUCCAGGUGGCCAUGUUUGUGCUUCAACUGGGCAGUGCCACAUUCCUGCUCACAGAGCCUGUGAUCAGCGCGAUGACAACUGGUGCGGCCACCCACGUUGUGACUUCACAAGUCAAGUAUCUCUUGGGAAUCAAAAUGCCAUAUAUAUCUGGACCACUUGGAUUCUUUUAUAUCUAUGCAUAUGUCUUUGAAAACAUCAAGUCUGUCCAAUUGGAAGCACUACUCUUAUCCUUGCUGAGUAUCGUGGUGCUUGUUCUGGUUAAAGAGCUGAAUGAACAGUUUAAAAGGAAAAUUAAAGUUGUUCUUCCUGUCGAUUUAGUUUUGAUUAUUGCUGCAUCAUUUGCUUGUUAUUGUACCAAUAUGGAAAACACAUAUGGAUUAGAAGUAGUUGGUCAUAUUCCAAAAGGAAUUCCUCCACCUCAAGUCCCUCCUAUGAAUGUGCUCUCUGCAGUCAUCACUGAAGCUUUUGGGGUGGCACUCGUUGGCUAUGUGGCCUCACUGGCUCUGGCUCAAGGAUCUGCCAAAAAAUUCAAAUAUUCAGUUGAUGACAACCAGGAAUUUUUGGCCCAUGGUCUCAGCAACUUGAUCCCUUCAUUUUUCUUCUGUAUACCAAAUGCUGCUGCCCUGGGAAGGACUGCCUGUCUCUACAGCACGGGAGCAAAGACACAGGUGGCUUGUCUAAUAUCUUGCAUUUUUGUCCUAAUAGUCAUCUAUGCAAUAGGACCUUUGCUUUACUGGCUGCCCAUGUGUGUUCUUGCAAGUAUUAUUGUCGUGGGAUUGAAGGGAAUGUUAAUACAAUUUCGAGAUUUAAAAAAAUAUUGGAAUGUGGAUAAAAUUGAUUGGGGCAUAUGGAUCAGUACUUAUGUAUUUACAAUAUGCUUUGCUGCCAAUGUGGGGCUGCUGUUUGGUGUCAUGGGUACCAUAGCCAUUGUGAUCAGUCGCUUCCCAAGGUCAAAGACUCUCAGUAUAAGGAACAUGAAAGAAAUGGAAUUUAAAAUGAAGACAGAAACAGAUGAUGAAACCCUGCAGCAGGUGAAAAUUAUCUCAAUUAACAAUCCACUUGUUUUCCUGAAUGCAAAGAAGUUUCAUAUUGAUCUAAUGAACAUUAUCCAAAAGGAAAAUGCCAGCAACCAGCCACUUGAUGAAACAGGCAAGUGUGAACAAAACACAUUGCUCAAUUCUCUAUCCAAUGGCAACUGCAAUGAAGAAACUUCACAGCCGUGUCCGAAUGAGAAGUGUUCUCUAAUCCUGGAUUGCAGUGGGUUGACCUUUUUUGACUAUUCUGGAGUCUCCAUGCUCGUUGAGGUUUACAUGGACUGUAAGAACAGGAGUGUGGAUGUAUCAUUAGCCCAUUGCACAGCUUCCUUGAUAAAAGCAAUGAACUACUGUGGAAACCUAGACUUAGAGAAACCAAUUUUUUUUGAAUCGGUAUCUGCUGCAAUAAGUAACAUUCAUUCAAAUAAGAAUUUAAACAAACUCAGUGACCACAGUGAAGUCUGAGAGAUCCAUUUGCUGCAGUACAACUAUUGUCUUUAGCAACUGCCCCGAGGAGGCCAUACAUACUCUAGUAUUUUGCACAAUUUUUUUUUGUUGUUGUUUAGAUUCUACAGUUGAUGUCUAAUGCAACAAAUAUGAUGUGACUUAGUAACCACAUAGCCACUGGUCAAGAUUUACCUAUAAUCUUUUCUAAUUUUGUUAUUAAGUAGAAUCACUUAGUAGGUUGUUGGUAGAGUUAUUUGAUAGUAAUUGGUGUGCAUUUGGUUUUAGGGUACUCAAAGGUUAGCAUGAAUUUAUUUCUUUUUACCACAGUAUUUUGUAUUGUUUUAUUUGUUUUGCUAUAAGUUAAUUUGUAAAAUGGAGAAACACUCAGUCAUAAGAUGAAAUUUAGUACACUUGAAUGCCACUGUAAAAAUUCAGGAUCAUUCAUAACUAAAACAUAAAAAUAAUUUAGCAAAUGUAUGAUUUUCCCUUACCCCCCAAAUCACCAUUAAAUGUCUAAGGCUAAAUGUUACAGUGAGAUAGAAGUUAUAGAAAAUUGGUCAGACAGAACUAAAUGACAAAGUAGAAUCCAUUGAUCUCCAUAACUUGCCAUGCAUGACAUUUUUGAGGGAUGUUUUCAAAGUAACCAUUAUGCCAAUGAAACCAAGUUUUUGACCUUCAUUUUGCUGUGAAUAUUGGAAAUGUUUAGGGUCUUCAUUUCUGAUCAUCCUAAUUUCCACUUUUCUAUACCAUAAAAUUCUGUAUUCAGCUUAAAUUUUGUUGGAGCCAGAGAUUAUGGAAUAGCACAUUUUAUAUUUUUCCCACAAAUAUGAUUGCUACAUGAGAAAAUAGAAUACAUGGCCUUCCUAUUUCAGAAAUACAGCAUAUAUAACAUAGUACAUUUAUCUCUAUAUAUCCAGAUAGAUAGAUAGAUAGAUAGAUAGAUAGAUAGAUAGAUAGAUAGAUAGACACCUGUAGUUUGUUUUUCUUUUUCUUUCGUUAGAGAACAGCUUGGAUAUGUGAUCAUCUGUAAGCUCACCAAACCAACAUGAUAAUUAACAAAUAAGCACCAUAGGACAGGCUGACCUAGAUAUGUUAUUGUUUUCAUGCUGGUACAUAUAUUUUCAAUCACAUGCAAUUACACAGUUCUGUAUUUUUAUCUAGGAGUUUGAUUUACCUAUGAAGAAAUCUCUCUUUCAGAGAUGCACAUUUGUGUUUAAGCCUUAAGGUGUUUUAGGUCUUGAAAUUACCAGUAUAACAAAAUCAGGUACUUUAAAAUGAAUUUAAGAAGUAGAUUUAAAAAAUUAAAAGAUCAAGGGCCUCCCCUGGUGGCGCAGCGGUUGAGCGCUGGGUUGCGAGGCUGCCCUCAGCUUCUGCAGCGCCAGUUCGAUGCCCAGCCACUGGCGAGGGUCCCACCGAAAAAAAAAAAAAAAUUUUUUAAAAGAUUGAUUAUUUAGACAUUUUUGUGGGCAUCUGUUAAGAGAAAAUUCUUGUGCUUGCCAAAUCAUAUAAUAAUCCCCACGAAAUAUGUAGUAAACUUUUUUAUAUGACAAUUUUAACAUUAAGCCCUAGGUAGAAUGAUGCAAUAAAAUGAAAUGGGAAUAAUGAAUGUUUUGAGUUCUCAUAACUUAUUUAAACAUUUUAACUUCAAUAGGCAUGAACUGAAAAAGCAGUCUUUGUUCCAAAGGAAGUCCCAAUCCCGUCACCAUUAAUUUGGGUUAAAAUGAAUAAAGUUAAGUUUCAUUCCUAUAAAUACUGCUCCAAGAAAAGAUAGAGAUCCUACAUGGAGGUAAAAUUUCCUUAGAGAAAGGAAUUUCACUCUGUUUAUCCAAUGAAAUUAUUCUAAUGGGUAUGGUGGUAACACUCAGCAUCCCUAAUCUAUUGGUGAUUUGCACAUAACCAUGAGUCAAGAAAAUGUAUUUUGCUGUGCAACUUUAAAUUAUGCACUGCAUGCAUUUUCCAAUUUGUUAGAGGUUAUGGACCAUAGAUGACAUUAGAAUCAUUAGUUAAUUAAUGGAUAUGCAUAUAAUGCAUAUUCUAUUUUAUUGUUAAAGGUAACAUAAUAUUUUCUAAGCAGAUAUAUUUGAAUGCAUUUGAGUGUUUAUAGUAAAAGUUUAAUGGAUAAAACUUUGAAGGCAAUAGCUUGGAUGUCAAAAAUCAAUGUUAUUUUCAAAGUACAGAAAGACCUAACCAUCCACCAAAUAAACCUUUUUGUUCUAAGGUUUCUCCUGCAAACUAAGGUCACAGUGAUUGUUGACCUAGACGAACUCUCUGGAAUUGAGUUCUAGGAGUCCAAUAGUUGAAUAUGAGUUUUAAACAAAGGAUUCUAAAAUAUAAAUGUUUAUUUCAAAGCAGUCAUUACCAACACAAGAACUAUAAUAUGGCAGUAAUGUUAAACUAUUUCUAGUCAAACUGAAUUGUUUUCAUGGGAUCAUCUUAUUUAUAUAUAUAUAUAUAUAUAUAUAUGAUAAACUACUUUCAUACUGCUUAUUAUGGUAAAAUAAAACUGGAAAAAAUUAAAAUUGACCUAUAAGAGUAUUAAGGACUUAAUAGCGUGACAUAUAUAAAUUAAACAUAAAAUAUAUUUCCAGGAAAAAGACUGUUAACAUUACAUUUAUGCAAAUUAAAUGCCCUUAAAUUUUACCAUUUGUCUUUCAUUUUAAAGGUUAUUUGCCCCGAUUAUAUGAUUCAAGUGUUAUAAGGUCUAGCUUGAACUACUUUACAGUAAUUUAUUUGACAGAAUUCCUAUUCUAUAAAUGCAUAAAGUAAUGAGGAAAGAAAUCUCUCUUUUUGAAUGAAAAUAUUAAUGUGUUAAUGCCCUGUAUGGCUAAUGUUUGACAUUUAGUUGUUACCAAAAGAUAUUAGUAUAAGUAUAUUGUUGAACAUACAUAUACCUUAGAAAUGCACUUUCUGCAUUCUGUGGGAUGAUGGUCUAAUUCAAUAUAGAAUAUGUUUUUUGGCAGUGAUUUUGUUGCCAGAUUUCAAAUAGGGAGUUAAGUGGUGCUUUCAUAAUCCAAAGAUUUUUAGUUGUUAAAAAUCAUGUAGUCUAAUAUGCCACACUUAUUUUUUAAUAUUUUUCAAUGCAUUUAAUUAUCUUUUUUUAUAAUCCUUUGUACUAACUCAGCAUGUAACAACCAAUUUACAUGGAAAUAAAU